AUGUUUUCUAUUUUCACAAAUUUCGAGAAGAUGCAAGUACUGAUCUUCCUGUGUCUUCUCCCAUCGUGUUACGGUUUUGCUGUUUCACUCGGUUCUAUACAGUCAGUUGCAGUAAAAGGAAGGAUCUCUUGUAACGGUAAACCUGAUACUACAGCGGUAAUACAGCUGUACGAAAAAGAAAUUAUAUUCCACCGAAAGCUAAAUGAAGUUAAAUCGGACAACAAAGGAUUUUAUAAAAUUGCAGAUGCAACAGUAACACGAGUGCUCCGAAAGAAUUCCGCUUAGAAAUUCCAUCAAAAUGUAUACGCAAAGAUCUACGCAUCUAUGAUCUACGCAAAGGAGAACAAAAGGAAUACUGCACUAUUGACCUG